AUGAGCCUCAAGCCUCUUCCAGACGCCUCAGGACCAGAGACUCUGCUUGGAUUGAACCGGAGCAAAUUUGAGUAUACACUUCUCGAGCUAGAUGCUCGGUCUGUCCUUCAAAUGGCGGCCCCCGCGGUGCGAGCACAGCGCCCUAUACUCACCAUGAAGGCUCAUCGAGCAGCGGAUUUAUCCAAGGCCUUGUCGCAGGUCUUUUGGCCCUUGAUUCGCAUUAUAAUCUCAUUCUCUUUCUUGUUCAUUGACAACACCAUUCUCCUCGUGACCGCCGUACUCUCCCGCUUACGCCCUGCAGCUAGCCGGCGCCAGCCAGCACAGCGCAAUGUUCAUUUCUAUCCCAAGACAGUUCUGAUCACCGGAGUUGGCACCACUCAUGGCCUGGCCUUGGCUCGUGCCUGGGACGCCGAGGGUCAUCGCGUGGUUGGGGUGGAUGUCGCCGAUUUGAAUCUCCCGGUUCGAUCGGGCGGCGGCAUGUCCAACGCUCUCCUAGCAUUCUAUCGAGUGCCAAAGGACCAUUAUAUCUCCCGAAUUCUAGAUAUCGUCCACCGUGAGAAGAUUGAUAUUUGGAUUCCGUGCUCGCCCAAGGCCACAGCCAUUGAAGAUGCCACAGCUAGGCAGGUGGUCGAAAGCCGUACUGCCUGUAGAUGCAUUGCUUUCGACCCCGAAUUGACAUCGCGCUUAAUUCGACCUAACUCAUUCAGACAUUUCCUCGCAGAACGGGACCUUCCAGUCCUGGAACAAUUUCAGGUACAAUCACGCGACUCAAUCCACAGGAUCCUCAAUCGGUCCCCGACGAAAUUAUAUCAUAUACGACGGGUCACCUCGAGUGCUAAUGAGGCAGCUGUGGUCCUGCCAAAACGCACUCUCAGCAGGACUUACUCUGAAGUCAGCGAGAUCACUAUCUCCAAGGAUAUCCCAUGGAUCAUGCAACAGCAGACACGACUUGGAGAAUUCUACACAGACCUGUUGGUGGUGCACGGCCACGUCCAUGCCAUCAAGGUUCGGAUGGUGGAAACCCGAGCAUCUCAUUGGGGUGCCUCGCGCAUGGAUGAAGCGUUAGCGACUGCCGCCCAUCGGCUUAUGCAAAAGUUCGCUUUGAAGGGCGGUAUCCGGAUGACCGGGCAUCUGUCUGUCAGACUGCUGGUCGAUGAGGAAUUCGAUCACAAGUCUGUUCGCCACACUGUGCAUAUUGCCGACUGUGUUCCCGGUGCCAGUGCCAUCGAGAACUUGCUCCGUGAUGCGCGCUGCCCUGUCGCGGGAUAUCUCGAGGUGCUAUCCCCGGAGCCCGCUGAACCGGCCGCAUGGAAAGUGACUGCGACACUGUCGCCAACGCCUCGGCCGUCAUCACCCUCGGUAGUACUAUUGGAAACCAUCCUCACUGGUUUCCUUCCACGGUUCCUUCCUGUGAAUCUUAUCAAAAGCAUCCUUACUGCCCUUGAAGCCGAAUUGAUCCCCUUCUUUUUCUGGAAGGAUCCUCGAUUCACAACUCACGAUCCCUUCCCUUGGUGGUGGCAUGUCCAUGUGUACCAGCCGAUGCGUGAGAUCUGGUUGUUAGUGAAGCAGAUUCGCGAGGCUGGAAUGCCUACUGAUCGCAAGGGGCGCUAA